AUGACGGCGAUCCUCAGCCAAAUGACUGACCAGCACUACGCCGCCUUUCUGGAAACCUUCAACAGGAAUUCUGAUCUGGUGGACUUUCUGAUGGAGUCCUUCGUACUCUUCAAAGAGCUGAUUCGGAAGCAUGUGUACCCGUGUGACUGGAUGGCCAUGAUCAUGGUUCAGAACAGAGUUUUUCUCAGAGCCAUCAACAUCUACGCAGACACCAUGAACCAGAAAUUCCUGAGUGAUAAUAACUUCGAAGUGCAGCUCUGGAAUAACUACUUCCACUUGGCGGUGGCAUUUAUUACCCAGGAGUCAUUGCAGCUUCAGCACUUCUCUCCCACCAAGAGGAACAAGAUUCUUGCAAAGUAUGGUGAUAUGAGGCUUCUCAUCGGUUUUGCAAUCCGAGACAUAUGGUACAAACUAGGCAAUCAUAAGAUCUGCUUCAUUCCUGACAUGGUUGGUCCAAUCCUUGAGAUGACACUUAUCCCAGAGGAAGAGCUGAGAAGAGCCACGAUCCCCAUCUUCUUUGACAUGAUCACUUGCGAACAUGAGUAUUCUGGGAACUUCCACAAGUUUGAGAAUGAGAUUAUACAGAAGCUAGAUCAUGAGGUGGAAGGAGGAGGCGGAGAUGAGCACUAUAUGCAACUGCUGGAAACUAUCCUGCUUGACUGUGCCGUGGAAAAACACACGCUCUGGCCCCAGAUUCAGCACUUUGUUGCAUUGGUCAAAGGACUCCUGAUCCGCCUUCUGGACUAUCGCACUGUGAUGAGCGAUGACAGCCGCAACAACCGCAUGAGCUGCACUGUCAAUCUCCUGGUAGAAUCAGUAAAGGGUGAGUACACAGACGUGUGUUACUAUGUCGGGGGGUGCGAGGGGGGGGUGUGUUCUGGGUGGGGGGGCGGGGGGAGGGGGGGGGUGAGAGCGGGGCGGCGGCGGGGAGGGGAGGGUGAGUGGGAGUGGGGAGGCAACGUGGGUGGGGGGGGGGUGGGGAGGGGGAGGGUGGGCGUGGGGGGGGGGGGGGGGGGGGGGGUCGGUGGGGGGGGGGGGGGGGGGGGGGGGGGAGGGGGGUACCUCUACAAGCUGCGGGACCUUCACCUGGAGGGGGAAAACUACACCGAGGCGGCCUACACGCUGCUGCUGCACACCCGGCUGCUCAAGUGGUGCGAUGAAAUGUGUACCCCCCAGUUUGAACUUCACGGCUCUCAGACACAGAGACAGCUUAAAGAAACGCUCUACGACACCAUCAUCGACUACUUUGACAAGGGCAAGAUGUGGGAAGAGGCCAUUACUCUGUGCAAAGAGUUGGCAGAGCAGUAUGAAAAUGAGCUGUUCGACUACGAGCUUCUCAGCAAGAGACUGGAAAAACAAGCCAAGUUCUAUGAAAAUAUUAUGAAGAUCCUGAGACCCAAGCCCGACUACUUCGCUGUUGGAUUUUAUGGUCAGGGCUACCCUCCAUUUCUAAGGAACAAGGUGUUUAUCCAUCGUGGGAAGGAGUAUGAGCGGCGAGAAGACUUCCAGAACCAUCUCAUGUCCCAGUUUCCCAGUUCAGUGCGGCUGAACACAACCACCAUGCCCGGACCUGACGUGCAAGACUCCGCUCUGCAAUACAUACAGUGCUUCACUGUGCAGCCUGUGCUGGAGAUCCCCCCUCGUCUGAAGAACAAACCAGUGCCUGACCAGAUUAUCAACUUCUACAAGUCAAACUACGUGCAGCGCUUUCACUACUCGCGGCCUGUGAGGAAAGGACCUGUGGAUCCCAACAAUGAGUUUGUAUCCAUGUGGAUUGAGAGGACCACCUUCACCACAGUUUAUAAGUUGCCCGGAAUUCUUCGCUGGUUUGAGGCGUCUGACAUUAAACAUACAACCUUGUCACCGCUGGAGAAUGCCAUUGAGACAAUGGAGUCCACAAACGAGAAGAUCCUGGCCAUGAUUAACCAGUAUCAGUCUGAUGUGAGUUUACCCAUCAACCCCCUGUCCAUGCUGCUCAACGGCAUUGUGGACCCGGCCGUCAUGGGAGGAUUUGCCAAGUAUGAAAAGGCCUUCUUCACUGAUGAGUACAUUGAAAAUCACCAAGAAGACCAUGAUAAACUCAUGCGACUCAAAGACCUGAUUGCAUGGCAGACCCCAUUACUUGGAGCAGGGAUCUCCCUCCAUGGAAAAAGAGUGACAGACGACCUCCGGCCUUUCCACGAGCGCAUGGAGGAGUGCUUCAAGCAGCUGAAGAAGAAAGUGGAGAAGGAGUACGGAGUGAGGGAGCUGCCUGACCUGGAGGAGAGAAAGUCCACCCGUCCUCGCUCUAUGCUGCGAUCUUACCGUCAGUCAGUUAUCUCCAAUUCAUCAUUGCAAGGCACUGAAUGUGGCACCCCGACCAGGCUGCACGUGGACAGGGAUAUGCCACCAGAGUCGCCUGUGUGGCCGUGUGCUCUACCACACUCCAGCGGCAGUCUGAGCACAAACACAGGGGAAGACAUAGUCACCGUGGGCGACACUGAUGUCAGGCUGAGGAAGAGCAAGAAGAAGAAAAGGGGCAGCAUGAUCUUUAUAACUGAAGAGAGAGAGCGGACUGCCACUCUGGAUACCAAAAGGCUGUCCAAAAAGCAGGAGUUCCGCAGUGACACGAACCUGUGUUCUCCGGAAGAGGGAAGUGUGAGGCUGACCAACUCCAGAUCCCUGCCGGCCAUCACAGGUCUCUCACUGUCAGUGGUGGGCAGUUCAGAGGAGGUGGACAGUGCCCGAGCGAGACGGGACAGCAAGAGCGUGUCCGUGUGCCUGCCAUCGGACCGAACAGCCAACAGGAGAUCUAAAGGAGUCAUCAAUCUGUUCUUCAAGACCAAGAGUUCCAAGCCGGAGGACGCCAAACACAGUGAUCCAGCCAAAAAGAACAGUCAACAUUUCUGA